AUGCUCUCCAGUGCCAACAACUCAGAUCUACCGGAGAGUACAACAGCCGUCGAGAGUAUCGCCUCGAACCCGGACCAGGUCGAUAAACUCACCACCCCCGAAUCUGCAUUGUCAGCAACCCCAAGCAUCAUGUCGAAUGUAGUUACAAGCAUGAAUGAUGAAGCCAGGGGCAUCACUGAAGCUGGUCUCGUGUCUUCGGAUCCCCAAACACCAAAAUCUACCCAAAGGCUGCGGGCGAUGAUCCAUGCACUAUGCCAGAGGAGACAUACACUCCACACAGCAAUUCGCAUCCCAGACUCAUUCUUUUUCGGUCACGGGAGAACACCCGUGAUCGUUGUGUCAGGCACGGGCAUCCCAACCGGACUGACAGUUCACCUUAACUUCGCCAAGUUAGGCGACAGCAUUUCCAACCACGCAUUGUAUAUCAGACUCCCUCGGACAUCACUGCCUGAGGUACAGGUCAACGACGAUUAUGUCGCUGAUGCCAUUGACUAUCUCGCGACACUCUGCAGCGAACGCGUAACCCGAGGACAGCGACCCAGCCUACGCUCCAGCGACGAAAGUGUCCUCAAUUUUCAACAAGAUCGACCCGUCAGGAUCUGGAUCGUAUGCGUGUCUGCUAUUCUGGGCGAUGAGCACCGCGUCGACGUGACGAAUGUUCAUCUUCAGUUGGCCUGCGCCACGAUCUCCGCUGGCGCCCUGGCCAUUGACGCGAUCUUGUAUGACGAGCCUCCGGGGUUCUCCCGAAUCAACCUGGCCCAGUUCGGUCAGCAGGUGCUGGCGACAGCGCUGGACCAGACAGAUCUGUUUGAGACUCAGGUUUUGUUGUCGGUUGCCGUGGCGGAGCGCUUGACAAACCUCCUGCGCUUGGGGGAACCUCCUAUCGUGGAUUACGCGUCUUAG